AUGCGAAUGGAAGUGCAUGAUACAAAUACAUUAUGUGAAAUAGUAAAAAGAUUAAAUAAGUUAAAUCAACAACGUGUAAAAGCCAACAAGAACACAAUUACACUACGUGCAGCUGCUGGUUGUAUUGUAAAAAGUGAAGAGCGUAUUAGUGCUUUUUCUAAAUUAUCAUCUGAUUGCCAAUAUCAAGACUCUUUUUCGGUCUCACCGUGUGUUGAAGCUCAUGUCAUUUUACAUUUGGUCGGUGAAGAAUUUGAUAAAAUAAUAAUAAAUGGUGUAAUGGUGACCGUUGGUUGUAAUGUGCAAAUUGGUCCUUUAGAAGCCACAUUGUAUCACAAUAAGCCCGGCUUAUCUUUACCAGUAUCUCCACUUAUUCCUUGGGUAACGCUGGUUGGCUUAGCAGCAAAUGCUGGGCACGGUACUGGAUUAAAUCAACCAGCUAUAGCUGGUUUAAUAGAAAGUAUUACGAUGGUCAAAGCAAAUGGGAAAUUAAAAACUAUUACAAAAGAUGAUGCGGAUUUUGACGUUAUUAACGGUGCCCAUUUAGGUCUAUUUGGUUUGGUAACAGAAGUAACUAUUAAAUGUAUACCUGCAUGCAAAUUAAAAGCAACGACAUAUGCAUGGAGUUUAAAUGAAUUUUUUCGACAAGUAGAGGAAAAAAAGUUAUAUGAAACAAAUGAGUAUGUUUCUGUUAUGUAUAUACCAACUUAUUGGGAACCGAACAAAGAAAGAGAAUAUCGUAAUGUUAGUGUUUUGGUAGCCAAGCAAGUAUCAAUUGAGAGGAACAAUGUAAACUGGACUGAAACAGAACAAGGAUGGUACGAUACCAGUCAGCUUCUAGAGAUGGAGACACUUGAACUGAUUAACAAGUGCUCUAUUUUAUCUGCCUUACGAUUUUCUCCAUUGGUAAUUCCGUGGGCUAUGCGUUUGAUUGCUGGAAUGAAACUAGGUAUAAUACAUACCUCGCCGGUGGAAACAACAGGACCUUUCUACCAGAUUGCCCAUUAUCAACGCCAGUUUCCUAGGGAAUUGGAUGAUAUUGAUUUUUUAUUUCCUGUUAAAGAGCCACGAGAGAUGUUAAAAGUGCUUGAAACGAUCAUAAACACGUUGGAAAAGUAUCGUGCUAAAGGAUAUUAUCCAGUAAGCUUUGCUAUUUAUAUACGCAUGUUUAAAGGAACAAAUGGAGGUUUAUCAACCAGCUCACAUCAGCAAGAUGAGUAUAUAGCUGCAAUAGAUAUCGUCACGGAUCCAAGAACACCGCAUUAUCAGUUGCCACCAAAAAAGAGAAAAAACGAUCAACCCAACAAAUUUAAAGAAGACAUUCAGCAAUACUUCAUGGAUCCAACUAACAAAUUGCAUGCAAAACCACAUUGGGGAAAAACAUUACCUGCCAAAGCAGAUUAUGCGAUGAUGUAUGGCGAUAAUUUUAAACAAUUUAUGCGUGUAGCUGAAAAUUGGUACAAGGAUACUGGAUGUACAUUUGAUACAAAUCCAUUUAUGAACUCAUUCUUUAAACGAAUUUUCAACAUAGAAGUCAGUGAGGCAAUAAGAGAAGUGAAACUUACACGUGUAUUUGAAACAACAGAAAAUUAUUCUUUGGCGAUCGACGAGAAAAGACCGAUGACUGAUAAAGAAUUGCGACAACUACAAGAAUAUGCAACUCAAGUAGAAAAUGAGCUGGUGAAGAACCACUAUAUCAUUCGUCCACCAAAAACAUCGUUCUACAGGAUGGCAAUACCUGAGGAUAAAUCUCAAGCUGCUGAAAAUUAUCUUCCAUACAUUGGCCUAUAUUGUCGUGCCACAGAUCCUAAUAUCCUUCACAAACAACAAAGAGAAAUUCAAAAACUAGCCGAAAGAUUCUUACAGGAAGUUAAUAAAGCAGUAGAAAAUGCUACAGAAAAGAAAAUUGCUGACAAAACUACCGAAAACUGA